AUGCCUUCGCGAUACUUGUUUCACUAUGCCCAGGUGCAUAAUGAGUUUAGGCUCCCAGAACUCCAAUCUAUUGCAGAAUUAUAUGGAAUACCAUACACACUUCCCCAAAAUCCUGAAGAUCGCGAUUCGACAAGACCGUUUAUGAUCGUGGAACUUGAUGAAGAGGAACAUGCUCGCAUGCUUGCUAGACGCUGCAUUUUAAUAAAGGCUGUGUAUGAAUAUUAUGGACAUGGGUCAACCUAUGACGAACUCCACGAAGUUAAUCGCAAAAAUGAAUCAUUAUGGGCUCGAUACGUCCAAGACACCUCUUUCAGGUUUUUGGUGACCUCUUCAAAGCACAAAAUCCCGCAAUCAAGGCAACGAGAGGUCAUCGAAAACUUUGCCUAUAUGGGCUUCCUAGGGAAAAUCGACAUGAAAAGUCCUGAAAUCAUCCUGACAUGUUUCGAAGAAUAUGAAGAACGCCAUGGUACAACACGCGUAAAACACGAAGGGGAUGGAGAGUUUCGUCAAGUUUUUUUCGGCAGGUUGAUAGAGGAAGGAUCUGCAAGACAACUCGUUGGAAAAUUUGAUGUCAAAAAACGAUCAUACUACGGAAACACCAGCAUGGAGGCCGAAAUUUCAUUGCUGAUGGCUAACCAAACUCUUGCAUCCCCUGGAAAACUUAUUUAUGAUCCAUUCAUGGGGACAGGUAGCAUGGCGUAUCCAACUGGAUACUUUGGAGCAUUGGUCUUCGGAUCGGAUAUAGAUGGUCGACAAAUGAGAGGCAAACAAAAGACCCCUGGGGUUAUUCGAGCAGCUACGCAAUACGGAAUCGCCUCUCGAAUAGUCGACCUUGCCACGUUUGAUGUAACCCACAAUCCUUGGCGAUGUGGAGAAUUAUUCGACUCUAUUGUGACUGACCCGCCAUAUGGUGUCCGUGCAGGAGCGAAGCGCCUAGGACGUAAACGGGAAUUAUCCGAGCGUCAAAAGGAACUUUGUCUGCAACACAGCUUGGCUCCUCGCCCUGACGAUCAGCCAUACAUCCCUCCAACGAAACCAUAUGAGCUCUCGCAUCUCGCGACUGACCUAGUGUUACUGGCAAGAUAUCUACUCAAGCCAGGAGGACGUCUGGUCUUUUUCCUUCCAACAGUCACCGACGAGUACGAAGAAGUGGACAUUCAUACCAUGAUGUGCGAAGGGAUGGAGUUGGUCGCCAACUCGCUUCAAGAUUUCGGGUCAUGGGGCCGAAGACUGGUGACUAUCAGGAAGGUUACUAAAGAACGAUACCCGCCGCCAACUUUUGAUCCUAUGCUACGCGAAGCCAAUGAAGAGACCCAUAUCCCUGCCCACAAGGAUUUCCGUGAAAAAUACUUUCAGGGAUUCAAAUCAAAAGCUGAUGAGACUAAAGGUUAA